AUGGUGGUACAGUCUGCUAUCUCACUCCUAUUGGCCGUGCUGGCGUGCAGCGGGCCGGCCUGGUCGUCCCCCCCGCUACUGCUCCGCCCCCGGGAGCGAGAGAGGGACUCGGGCGGGGCUUCGGGUGGAGUCAACAUUGCCGUGGUCCACUCGGGCUCCUCCCACCUCCCGGAGACGAGUGUAGGAGUAGGGGGCACCUUGGCGGCAGGUGCAGGCACAGCAGCAGGAACAGGAGUGGGUACAGGCUGGUCAGGGCAUGUGGGUGAGAGUGUGAUGACACCAUGGGGCCCAGCCAAUGUUAUCUGGCUGGCAGUAAAUGAGAGUAGCCCAGGGAGCCUGCUGAUGCAGCUGUGUGAGCUGCUUGCCAGUACACCACUCCAAGGCCUUGUGUUCGAGCAGGAGAAGCCACCGCCACCUGAGCGUGCCCCACUGGCACCUGUACUUGAAUUUGUCUCGGCACAAACCGGUGUGCCCAUCAUGGCCGUGGGAGGUGGAGCUGGGCUGGGCAGAGAGCCACAGGAGAGUGGCUCAGUCUACCUGCAGUUCUCUUGUUCCACGGCACUACAGCUGGAAGUCAUUUUUGAGGUACUGGAAGAGUUUGACUGGACAGCUUUCUCAGUGGUCACCACUCGCCACCACGGUUAUGAGGACUUCCUGGACAUGGUGGACGGUAUCACAGAUGGAUCGUUUAUUGGAUGGGAGAGAAAGGGCACGGUGAUGCUCAAUCUUACUGAUGAUCCGGCAGGGGCGAGAACCCGCAGGCUGCUGAAAGAGAAUGAGGCACAGGUGCGGCUCCUGUACUGCUCACAUGAAGAGGCAGAGCAGAUUUUUAGAGCAGCAUGGCUCGCAGGCCAGGCUACUCCUUCACACAUGUGGUUUGCUGUGGGUCCAGCCCUUUCCGGGCUUGGAGUGGAAGGUCUGCCUAAGGCUUUUUUUACUGUGCGGCCUCAGGGAUGGCGAGAUGAACCACGUCGUCGCAUUGCUAAAGGUGUGUCUGUUCUAACGCAUGGAUCCAUGGCACUAAGAAGGGAGCAUGGUGGAACCAGAGGGACAAGCUUUGCUGGGAACUGCAUGACUGAUAGCAACCAGACACAGAGGGUGCCCGACAGAAUCAGAUACUUCAGUAACAUCACUCUUUCAGGACGAGACUACUCCUUUAAUGCUGAUGGCUAUUUAGCCAAUCCACUAGUAGAUGUUAUCUCCUACACUGCAGGUCGUGGCUGGGAAGAGGUGGGCUGGUGGGAGAAUGGUGUGCUGCGUCUGCGCUACCCGCCCUGGUCGCGUUAUGGUCCAUUCCUCAAGCCACUUGAUGAUAGUCAACACCUGCGUGUGGUCACUCUGGAGGAGAGGCCCUUUGUCAUUGUGGAGCCAGCCGAUCCUGGAACUGGCUCAUGCAUUCGUGACUCUGUGCCAUGCCGUCUACCCCUCAACACCAGUGUGGUGUUGGAAGGCAUACACUCCAUGAAGCAUUGCUGCAAAGGUUUCUGCAUUGAUGUCCUCAAGCGACUGGCCAAAAUUGUAGGUUUCACCUAUGACCUCUACUUGGUGACAAACGGCAGGCAUGGGAAGAACAUCGACGGAGAGUGGAACGGGAUGGUUGGGGAGGUGGUGUCCAAACGAGCAGACAUGGCUAUUGGCUCAUUAACCAUCAAUGAAGAGAGAUCAGAAGUUGUUGAAUUCUCGGUUCCCUUUGUGGAGACUGGCAUCAGCGUUAUGGUCUCUCGGAGCAACGGCACCGUCUCUCCAUCUGCUUUCCUGGAGCCUUAUAGUCCUGCAGUAUGGGUGAUGAUGUUCGUCAUGUGCCUGUCUGUGGUGGCCGUGACCGUUUUUAUCUUUGAGUUUUUCAGCCCUGUUGGAUACAACCGAAGUCUACAAAGUGGAAAGCGGGCAGGAGGAUCUAAGUUUACUAUAGGAAAAUCUGUGUGGCUACUGUGGGCUCUGGUCUUUAAUAACUCAGUUCCUGUAGAAAACCCAAGAGGAACCACAAGUAAGAUCAUGGUGCUGGUUUGGGCUUUCUUCGCUGUUAUCUUUUUGGCAAGCUACACUGCUAACCUGGCUGCCUUUAUGAUUCAAGAGGAGUACAUAGACACGGUGUCUGGCCUCAGUGACAAGAAGUUCCAGCAGCCCACAGAGCAGUACCCUCCCCUUCGCUUUGGCACUGUCCCAAAUGGCAGCACAGAAGAGAACAUUCGCAGCAACUACCCUAACAUGCAUCAAUUUAUGGUGCGCAACAACCAGAGAGGAGUCGAAGAGGCCAUUGACAACCUCAAGACUGGCAAACUGGAUGCCUUUAUCUACGAUGCGGCUGUUUUAAACUACAUGGCACGGAAAGAUGAAGGUUGUAAAGUGAUGACCAUUGGUUCAGGAAAGGUGUUUGCCACUACAGGAUAUGGCAUUGCCCUGCACAAGAACUCACGCUGGAAGCGACCGCUAGACCUUGCUUUGCUGCAGCUGGUGGGAGAUGAUAAAAUAGACAUGCUUGAACGCCUCUGGCUCUCUGGGAUUUGUCAUAAUGAUAAGAUUGAAGUGAUGAGUUCCAAGCUGGACAUAGAUAACAUGGCAGGAGUUUUCUACAUGCUACUGGUGGCAAUGGGUCUAAGCCUUUUGGUCUUUGCCUGGGAACACCUGGUUUACUGGAAGCUCCGCCAUUGCUUGGGUCAUUCAAAGGGACUGGACUUCCUGCUGGCUUUUAGUCGGGGAAUGUACAGCUGCUGCAGUUUUGAAGAUGAAACAACCCCUGUAGGUAACCAAAUGACACUUCCACAAUAUCAUCCCAUUUCCACUAUGCCCCCUCCUGCUCAGCCUCACAUGGUUAAUGCAAAUGUAGCCAACUCUUCCAUCACAACGGCACAACAGCAGCAGCAGCAGCAAAAGCUUCACCAGCAACAGCAACAACCAGUGUACAAUGCCCUUCUUCCUGGACCUCUGCCAACAGCUGGGCAUUCAGGCAUGGCUCUUGGGCCCUCAAACAGCCCAAUUCUUGGAGCGCCUAUGCCAUGUUCCACAUUUUUACCUCGUCACGAUCGACGACUGGCUGUAGUGGAUCGGUGGACACGUCCAAAAACUGGCCCUGAAAAAACAAGUGCCAUCAAUAGUGGAAUCACAGAUGUUGCACAAUUCCCACAGGUCAUGCCGCCACAGUGGGCUGCAGUAGGUGGGGGAGAAGGAGGUCUAGAUGAAUAUAAAAGAUACUAUGGCCCAAUUGAUCCAGAGGGAUUAGGAGUCUCUGGAGAUCCACAAAGUGUAGUUUCCCAACCUCCAAAAAACACACAUCAAACAAAGUCCUUGGGAAACCCAAAGUUGCCACAAAAAAAACAACCCUCUGGGCAUUUACCAGUAAACUCAGCUUUGCAUCAUUCUUCUCCACCACAGCAGUCUUUCUGGAGGAGAAGCAGUCUUUCAAAAAGAAAAGGCUCUGGGGGACCCCUGUAUGAAAACAUUCUUCCUUUAGGACGGAGAGGUGGGGGUAGGUAUGGAGGGAGGGAUGGAGUAGGGAGGAGAGGUCGUCGUCCUCCUCCUUUGCCUCUUCCUAUGCCUCUUCCCUUCUCCCCUAACCAAAUUCCUCUUUCACCCUCACCUUCUGUGCACUACAUUUCCACCUCCUCUAGCACAUCUACCACCUCUUCCACCUCUUCUUCUCUAUCAGUCUCACGAUCUACUUCUCCUUCCUAUUCUACUUCUUCAUACUCAUCAUCACAGAGUUUCAAAUACAGGGCAGGUGAAAGAGAUGCAUAUGAUGAGUUUGACACAGAUGAGCUUACAGAAGAGUCCAGCCUUCUUUUGGGCAGGAGAAAAAGUCGUUCACACAUGUCAUCUCGGUCCCUGCCCUGCAGCCCACCUCCACCCAUACCACCACGUAAACCAUGCCCACAGAAGGUACAGAUGAGAGACAGUGCCACUAGCCAGCUGGCACAACUCCAGGAAUGGUGGGCUUCAUGGGGGGAGAAAGAGAAAGCUAGAAGAGCAAGUGGUGGGAGAGGUAAGGGCAAAGAAGUGAAACGAUAUUACAAAGAGAGAGAAAGGGAGAGAAGGAGGAGGAAGAAGGGUCGAAAGAAAAAGAAGAGGGGAGAGCAUGAGAGAGAGAGAGAACACAAAAGACAUAAAGUAAAGAAGAAAAAGAAAAAGGAUGGGAAAUCCAGGAAAAAGGAGAAGGAAAAGCGAUCUGGUCAAGAAGAAGGUGAAAUUGAUGGUAAAGAAGUAUUUGAAAAAGGGACAGAACAGAAUCUGCCUUCCUACCCUGAACUUAGGCGUAGCUCUUUCCGGAAGAAAAGUGAAAGCUCUAUGCGGAGUUAUGACUGGGAUAUAAAAAGAGAGGGAGGAAGGAGGGAGAGUGAUAAUCAAGAGGGUGGUGAUGAAGAAGGAGCUAGGAGAAGAGAAAAGCACCACAGGAAUCCUCAGUCCUAUCACCAUUCCAGACCAAAGUCUAACAGUAAGCGCUAUCCCACUUCAAGUAAAUGCUCAACAUCAGUUAAAUUUUGGGGUAGUGGGAAUGCACAUUCUGAAUCUCCAUCUUCUUUUCUUCCUCUUUUUCCUCUUAAUUAUAAAAGAACACGGUCUUUUGGGUCUGAAAGAGAGGAACAUGGGAAAGGAGGUGAGAUUCGCCCCCUUUUAGGAAAGAAUGGAAAAGGUAAGACCUACUCAAGAGAAGCCUUGGCAUUUCAUGAAUGGGAUUCAGAUGAGGAGGAAGAGGAAGAAUCAGAAGAGAGAGACAGAACUGAGGAACGAAGAAGAAGAAGAAGAGAGAGCAGAGGAAUAGAAUCAGAAUCUGAAAGGGAGAGAGACAAAACUGUUGAGAUCUAUACGGAUGAUGAAGGUUCUUCAGGUGAAUUUGGCAAGUUUGAGAGAUACUGGGAAGGGCAUGAAGGAAGGGCUGUUGGAGGCAUUGGGGGUGGAGGUUGGUUUUUUGGCACCUAUCCUGCUAGGGAGAGGGUGGGGAGUACAAAUAGUAGAGAUGACCUUUCUUUGGGAUUAGGAGGUGGGGAAAGUAGCUGUGGUUUUGGAGGGGGCUCAAGAUGGGGUUCUGGAGGUUUAGGAUCAAAUCAGUGGCCACCAUCACCUUUGACUCCCCCACCCCCACGAAGGUACUGGUCUGUGGACAAAUUACCAGUGAAGACUGAAAAGAAGUCUAAAAGGAGAUCACAUGAGAAAAGUGAAUGCCAUGCUGCCUGUUCCUGCCAGUCACCCCACCACUAUAAGUGGAAUCGAGUGACCUCUCGUAGUCAAGAGGAUCUGCUGCCUCACUGCCAAAGUUUCAGCAACAUCAACCGGCCCAAACGGCAGUCCUCCAAACUGGACCAAGCUCAAGGUCAAGUAAAAUCUGGAAGUCAAUCAAACCUCAGUGUUCAUAGAUCACAACGUUCUGAGAGGUCCAGAGAGUUAUCAUCUCCUCAGACUUUACCAUCAUCUAUGCCAGCCCCGAUGGUCCCAACUCUCCCUGCACCUCCAUCAUCCUCCCACCAGGCUCAUGUUCCUCUACCUACCUCCUCCUCUUCUGUUUCAUCACCAUCAGCCAUUUCUUCAACAACUGGUGCCCUGCAGCCCUCUUCUAUAUCCUCCUCCAGUGCCAAGCUCCAGUACCAGAGACUGUGUUCAGUACCCCAGCCACAAAGGUACCAAUCCCCGCAUCUUCCCUUCAAAACCAAGAGUUUGUGCUCACGUCGAGACUCUGCCCACUUUUCCAGUGUGGAGAGUGAGGUCUGA